AUGAACUCGAUGAGUCCAAUGGCCGCGGCUGAGGCACCCCAGAGGCGGGCUCACCUUUACGUUGGCAACUUGAGCCCAAGAGUCACCGAGUAUAUGCUUACCGAGAUCUUUGCUGUGGCCGGGCCCGUACAGCACGUCAAAAUCAUUCCGGACCGCAACUACCAGCACGGUGGUCUGAACUACGGCUUCGUCGAAUAUAUGGAUAUGCGAGCCGCCGAGACCGCUCUGCAGACGUUGAACGGACGAAAGAUCUUUGACACCGAGAUCCGUGUCAAUUGGGCAUACCAGGGUCAGCAAAACAAAGAGGACACGAGCAACCACUACCACGUCUUCGUGGGCGACCUCAGUCCCGAGGUCAACGACGAGGUCCUCGCAAAAGCCUUCAGCGCAUUCGGCACCCUCUCUGAUGCCCGCGUCAUGUGGGACAUGAACUCGGGCAAGUCUCGUGGCUACGGUUUCCUCGCUUUCAGGGACAAGACCGACGCUGAGCAGGCAAUCGCUACGAUGAACGGAGAAUGGCUCGGUUCGCGCGCUAUUCGCGUGAAUUGGGCUAACCAGAAGACGCAAGGCGGCCCGUCCUCUGCGUCUGCUGGGACUCCGCGCAUCGGAGGGAUAGGUGGUGGCGCGCCCGCGCCGAUCAAUUUCCAGGGCGGACCGUUGUCCUACGAGUCCGUCGUGCAGCAGACCCCAGCGUACAACACCACCGUCUACGUCGGCAACCUGGUUCCUUACUGCACGCAGGCGGACCUCAUCCCCCUCUUCCAGUCCAUCGGCUAUCUGUCUGAGAUCCGCAUGCAGUCCGAUCGCGGCUUCGCGUUCGUCAAGCUGGACACGCACGAGCAUGCCGCUAUGGCGAUCGUGCAGUUGCAAGGUCAGAUGGUCCAUGGUCGUCCCAUUAAGUGCAGCUGGGGCAAGGAUCGCGCUGACGGUGGCGGCUCCCUGUCUGCGGGCUCCCUGAGCCCCACGCCCACCGCAACCCCAUACACAAACAUGCCGAUGUAUGGCAUGCCUCAGCCGAACACUUAUGGCCAGUACGGCUUCGGCGCUUACGGUGGCUUCCCCAACCAGGCUGCGACAGGUACGCCAGGAGGUGCAGCGGCGGGCAUGGGCAGCCCUGUGGCGGGCACUGCGGGUAUGGCGAUUGGUGCGGGGGCUUCCACAGGUGGUGCGGAUCCUGCUGCUGCUGCCGCCGCCGCCGCACAGGCUGCUACGGGACAGUGGGCAGGCGCCGACCCUAGCCAGUACUAUUCCAACUACUGGGGAGGCUAUUAUGGACAGCAACCUGCCGGCCAGGGCGCGGCAGAUCCUCAGCAUCAGGGUACCGCUUAA